AUCACCGAUUGAUCUCGUCUCAUUAAACUACCAUGGCAGAACACCCAUCUUUCACGCUCGCUGGCCUUGCAGUUUCGGCCGGCGGAACAGCCGGCUACCUCCGCACACGCUCAACACCAUCUCUCGUUGCAGGUCUUGUGCUCGGUGCCUCUUACGGUUACUCUGGCUACCUGAUCAGAGAGAACAAGGACUACGGCACAGAGCUUGCGCUGGGAAACAGCGUAGUUUUGCUCGGAUCAGCGAUCCCAAGGAUCAUCAAGACGGGGGGACGGGCACCUGUUCCGAUUGCGCUCGGUGCUACGGGGCUGCUCGCGACUUAUUACUACCAGAAGAAGGUGCGAGAGUUCAGGUACGGUGUAUGAGCACUGUAGAGACGAUAUUACUUGUACGAUAGUGUGCGCUACCUUUGUUCGGCCAGCCGCUCUUCCUAUGUUCGUAACCACUGUAUAAAGGCACAAUAAUGAAGCGCAGCUCCUGCCGAC